AUGUGUGUUACCGAACUGGCCAACCCAGAGCUGGUAUGCAAAAGCGUUUCACAUGAUGACACAGGAACCAGUUUACAUCAAAGCCAGCAAAAGUCUUCUCGGCCUACCAAGUCAUCCACAGGAAAUACAUCCAAUUUGGCAAAAAAUAAACCUUAUAAUCUGCCUCUUGUCCGGGAGAAACUAGAAAGAUACGAUUUAUCAGCUGACGCAAAAGAGAUCAUUAUGGCUUCGUGGAGACCAGGUACAUCAAAACAGUACAAAACAUACUUAGAUAAAUGGCAGGUUUAUUGCAAGGAACAGCAAAUUGAUGUAAUUAAACCAGGCUUGGAGAAUGCCAUUGAGUUUCUUGUUUCACUGUACCAUUUAG